AUGCACCAGUUAAUCACAUGCCAGGCUUCAGAUCUCAUGCAUGCAUGGAUGAAUCAUGUCCGAGGAGCGACAAAGCUUCUUGAGCUACGAGGCAUAGAUCAAUUAGACUCGCACACAGGGCUGGAGUUGUUUACACUUGUGCGCUUGCAAAAUGCAAUCAGUAGCGUAUUUUUUAGAUCCACGAGCCAUAGAUCCCCAAAGAUAGCGGCAUUGUCAAAUAUCGCCAGAUCCAAACGGGAUGAACAUCACCAGCCGAUCGAACAUCUCUAUAAUAUACUAAUUGGGCUGAACGACCUGUCUCUCGAGGUUGAUGAUGCGCACUUACAACCCGAUCCUGUCAGGAACCUGGAAUCGCUGAUCCAGACAGCCCUCCAUCUUGAUGCUGAUCUAAGAUCAUGGACUAUGUCGCUGGGUUCAUCGUGGCGUUAUACCGUCGUCGAAAAUCCACAUUCUUGCCUUCAAAAUUCGCCCAUUCAUGUUGACAAAUACCAUGUUUAUUCUGAUGUCAACAUCGCUUCAAUGUGGAACCAUUAUCGCCAAACACGGAUCGUUCUCAAUGAGAUGAUCAAAUCAAUGUCCCUACGUCUGUGGGAGCUACAAAGAUCACCGGAAUGCGAGCAAACCCUAUAUCAGUCGAGUGCCAUCAUCGAGCAAGUGGUGGGUGAUCUUUGUGCUAGCAUUCCAUAUCAUUUUACAACUGGAGAGGCGGGCUUUGGAGGCACAAUCCGGCUGCUGUGGCCUUUAUUCAUUGCGGGUAAUUGUACGGGCACAGACUCUGCCAGCAAAGAAUGGAGUCUGCAAACUCUCGAUAUAAUUGCGAGCGCUACGGGUGUCCAGCAAGCCGUUGGCAUGGCACAGCUCCUCAGAAAGGGAGACGCUCUAGGCAUCAUUCCUAGGACAUGA